UCUAUUUAUAUGCGGUGUCGGCGCAAACCAGUCCAGUGCGGAACAGUUCAUUGUACUGACAACAUGAUCCUCUAUGCUGUUGUGAUCGGUGUGUUGUUGCGGGAUGUGUCCUGUGACGCCAUGGAUGGCGGGAAACCUCCAAGGAUACCACUAAACGAUGGGAACUCAAUACCGGCUAUGGGUCUCGGCACCUUCCUGGGAUUCGACCAGAGAGGCCCGCUGACUCCACAGUCUAAUGAAGUUGAAUUGGCCGUGAAAUGGGGCUUAGACGCAGGCUACAGGUUGUUAGAUACAGCAGCCCUGUAUAACGAUGAGGAUCAGGUCGGAGCCGCCGUUCGCUCGUCAGGGGUGCCGAGAGAAAACAUAUUCCUUGUCACCAAGCUUGGUGCAAACGAGCAACGGAACGUUCUCCAAAGCCUACAGAAGUCUCUGGAACGGCUAAACUUAUCCUACGUGGAUUUGUACUUGAUUCACACCCCCAUCUCCUUCAAACCCGACUUCUCAGGAUAUGACGACGUGGAUUACGUGGACACGUGGAAAGAGAUGGAGAAAGCGAAGAACAUGGGCCUUGCUAAGUCGAUUGGCAUCUCUAACUUCAACAUCAGCCAGAUCGACAGACUCCUGGCGAAUUGCCAGAUAAAACCGAGCGUGUUGCAGGUUGAGGUGAAUUUAAACCUAGGCCAGGAUAAACUGAUAGAACACUGCAAGAAGAACGACAUAGUUGUGAUGGCGUACACUCCAUUCGGCUCCCUGUUUGAUGGUGACAGCCCCGCGCCACCACCACGGGCUAACCACCCGACCCUCGUGCAGAUAGCUGAGAAAUACGGGAAGACUACCCCGCAAGUAGCGCUGAGGUAUUUGAUGCAAAGAGGUUUAGUUCCAAUUCCUAAAUCGUUGAAGAAGAGCCGCAUUGAACAGAACAUCGAUCUCUUCAAUUUUGAACUGACUGCUGAGGAGAUGGCUGAACUGGCCAAAUUCAACAAGAACUUUAGAAAAGUAUCAAUGGAAUUUUGGCAAGAUCAUCCAUACUUCCCGUUUGAGAAGAAGGAUAAUCCCUUACCUGACCCGUUCGGGUUCAAUAAAGGUAAAAAUACAAAGCAAUGAAGUCCAGAGACUGAAGCGAGGAAAUACCAUGAACCUAUGGAAUUACGUGGAUCUUGGACGUCCUGAAGUAGUUGACUUAAUAUUAAAUACACUUCCCAAUUUUACCAGGAAUUAUUAACGUACUCCACCUAUACAGACAAUAAAAUUGAAGAGUAAUCUCAACUGACAUAUGUAAGAUGUAGGAAUAAGUGCCAAGAGAAUAUUUAAAUAAUAAAUAUUAUAAAAAACAA